CUCUGGGCAUUACUUCAGCAACCUGAGUUCAUUCUAUUUCGAGUACUGCCGCUCACUAGAGUAACUCCAAAGAUAAUCGGCACUUGUGGCCAGUUCUACUCCACCGAAGUGCUUGUCGCAUUUCGUAUGAAGGGAUACUACAUGAAUCUCAAGGGCAAGAUUCUUGUGCAUAUAAUGGGCACAUUAAAGUUGUUUUACGAGUUUCUCAAUGAGCCGCUUCAAUGGUGUGAUGUUCGCUUCGAUAAUCUGGGACUCUCCGCUGACUAUCCGAAGCGGUUUGUACUGAUGGAUGGAGAUAUGGUAUACACCGAGUCACGACUUCGGGCAGCACUCCAAGGGCGCUCUUGUGCUACCGAUGCUGACUGCACGAUUGGAGACUGCAAAGCGAGGUGUACAUCGGAUUUGACCUGCUCCGAUCGAACCGACUCCAACCUCGAGGUGUUCUGUGAAAAAUUGGUCCGGAAACUGUUCGGACACACCUAUUCGACGCACAAUAAGUAUUUAGCUGCUUGUCAGGAAACCAAUGGCAACAUCACUCAGCGUCUAAACGAAUUGCGACUGACAUGGUCGUGGAACCUCUCCGACGUUUAA